AUCUCAUCUCUCGGUUCACUACUCGUGCAAGUGUAGCUACCAUGGCUGGUAGAACAGCGCGUGUGGAGCUCUGCGCUCUUGCCUUCUGUGCUCUCCUCAGCCUCCAGCUCGCCUUGGCCUCUAGAUCCCUGUAUGGAACUGGAGCCGGAGGUGGAGGUGGAGGCGGCGGCGGUGGGGGCGGUGGAGGUGGUGGUGACUCUGGAUAUGGUUCAGGUUACGGCUCCGGAUAUGGUGAGGGCGGCGGUAGGGGGAGUGCGGGAGGGUAUGGUAGAGGAGGAGGAGGUGGAGGCGGCGGUGGCGGGGGAGAAGGAGGAGGUGAAGGCGCUGGCUCCGGUUCCGGGCAUGGCUAUGGCUCUGGCUCUGGAUAUGGUGAAGGUGCCGGUGGUGGGAGUGCUGGUGGAUACGGUAGAGGAGGCGGCGGAGGUGGCGGCGGGGGAGAAGGGGUUGGUGAAGGCUCGGGAUAUGGGUCUGGCCAUGGCUAUGGAUCCGGCUACGGCGCUGGUGCUGGUGGCGCUCAGGGUGGAGGUUACGGGAGUGGUGGAGGGGGUGGAGGUGGCGGUGGAGAGGGCUCGGGCUCGGGCUCCGGCUCCGGCGCUGGUUCCGGCUCAGGCUACGGUAGCGGAGGAGGAAACGGUCACUACUACCAUGCAAGGAAGGCCUAUAAAUUCAGCUCUCAGUUCACUAGUGUUGCAACCAUGGCUGGUAGAACAACUUGUGUUAAGCUCUGGGCUCUUGCUUUCAUUGCCCUCCUCAGCCUCCAGCUCGCCUUCGCUAGUAGAUCGCUGGCUGGAACUAGCGCCGGAGGUGGCGGAGGAGGAGGAGGUGGAGGUGGUGGAGCUAGUGGCGGUGGCUCCGGAUAUGGCUCCGGCCACGGCUCUGGAUAUGGCGAGGGUGCCGGUGGGGGGAGUGCGGGAGGGUAUGGUAGUGGGGGCGGUGGUGGCGGUGGCGGUGGAGAAGGGGUUGGUGAAGGAUCUGGCUAUGGCUUAGGGCAUGGCUAUGGGUCCGGUUAUGGCGCAGGUGCCGGUGGCGGGAGUGCCGGAGGGUAUGGUGCAGGAGGCGGCGGCGGAGGCGGAGGAGGAGGGGGAGAAGGGGGAGGUGCAGGCGCUGGCUACGGUUCCGGGCACGGGUACGGCUCCGGAUAUGGCGCAGGUGCUGGUGGAGGGAGUGCCGGAGGAUACGGCAGAGGCGGAGGCGGAGGCGGAGGAGGUGGUGGUGGUGGCGGAGAAGGGGGCGGUGAAGGCUCGGGAUACGGGUCUGGGCAUGGCUACGGCUCUGGCUAUGGUAGCGGAGGAGUAGAUGGACCAACCAUGGCUAGUAGAACUCGUGUUAGGCUUUGUGUUCUAGGCUUCAUUGCUCUCCUUAGCCUCCAGCUCGCCUUCGCCGCUAGAUCUCUGGCUGGAGUUAGCGCCGGAGGUGGCGGAGGAGGAGGAGGUGGAGGUGGAGGUGGUGGAGCUGGUGGUAGUGGCGGUGGCUCUGGAUAUGGUGAGGGUGCCGGUGGGGGGAGUGCGGGAGGGUCUGGUAGAGGGGGCGGUGGUGGCGGUGGCGGUGGAGAAGGGGGUGGUGAAGGAUCUGGUUAUGGCGCCGGACAUGGCUAUGGGUCCGGUUAUGGGGCGGGUGCCGGUGGUGGCAGUGCUGGAGGAGGAGGCGGUGGCGGCGGGGGAGAAGGCGGAGGUUCAGGCGCCGGCUCUGGGUAUGGACAUGGCUACGGCUCCGGGUAUGGUGAAGGUGCUGGUGGCGGGAGUGCCGGAGGAUAUGGCAGAGGUGGCGGAGGCGGCGGUGGUGGCGGCGGAGGGGAAGGUGGUGGUGAAGGCUCUGGAUACGGUUCUGGUCAUGGCUAUGGAUCCGGCUAUGGUUCUGGCGCUGGCGGCGCUCAAGGUAGAGGCUAUGGAAGUGGUGGAGGGGGUGGAGGUGGUGGUGGAAUGGGCUCCGGCUCCGGCUCUGGCUACGGUUCUGGUUAUGGUUCUGGGUACGGCGGCGGCGGCGGCGGAAAUGGCCACUACUAGAUUUAGUUCUAUAUACCAUUAAAUUACGUGCAAUAAGAGCUCUGUUGCUGUAUCAGUAAAACUUAUUAUGACAUGUGCUCAAUACAAAAUACGUGGGAGCUUACUUGCUAAUGCAAAUAAUAACUUCAUGUUGGUAUA